AACGAUGCAAAGCAUUGUCUUUGCAAGUUGCACAGCAAUACUUCGCAAUGCAGAGAAAAUAGUUUGAAAGAGAGUUUGCCAUACAAUGUCGUAGAAUACUUUGCAAGGUUUAUUGAGUGAAUUCCUUCCGUCGAAGUAGCCUCUUUUGAUCUGUAGUAGUGCUCACCGCACUCCCUUGAUACGGAGGCUUCUGUUCUCAAGUGUUUCUUAAGACGAGGAAUCGAAGUGAAUCCCGCCACAAUAAGCUACGUGACACCCUUAAUUCUGGACCGGAAGUACCUAGAUUUCAAGUAAGCUAGAGCUCUUGAUACGAAAAUCUGACGCAACCGGACCGGAACCCAAGCUGCAGAAACAUCUGAAUCCUGUGUGAGAAAUCAGGACCCCCUUGCAUUGGCGGAGUUUGAGCCAUCCCAGCCCCCUCCCGGCCGUCUCGUUGUCUUCAUAGCAUCUUCUCCAGCCCAACAUUAUGGACGGACGCCGAUCAACCACUCGGGCUGCAGCUGCUGCGGCGGAGAAACGGUCCCGUGCGGCCGAGUUCUUUGACUGUGACGGCGCGAGGAGGAAGCGUCCUAUGACACGCAGGCAGGCCGAAGUUUUCAGCCAGUGCGACCAGACUGUUCAGGACUACGAGCACAACGUGGUGGACGUCCUGCCCGACGAGGCCCUGCUUCUGGUGUUCGCGCGGAUGGCGUCCGUGGACCUGCUGCCACUGCGCCUGGUGUGCCGGCGCUGGGACGAGUUGAUCCUGACCCCGGCAGUGUGGAGUCGCCGCCGGCUCUGCUUUCCGUCGAUGGCGCUGGAGGACAUCGGCUCGAGCAACGCUUUCCAGGCCGCCUUCGUCCUGUACUGCGCUCCAGCCAUGGACACGGUCGACCUGGAACUCGACUGCUCGCACAAGCACCGACCCAUCACGCCGGCCCUGCUGCGUGGCCGAUGCAUGGUGCGUGCUUUGCGGUGUUCGUUGACUCUGAAGGAGGAAUCGGCGGACACACUGUACGAUUUCUUCAGAAGAGUGCAACCCUCACUGCAAUCGUUGAACGUGGAGUUGAACAGCAGUGGAUUAGGCGUCAAUGCAGUGUUGGCCAACGUCCUGGGCAUCCUUGACGGCACUCCUCUCACGACCCUGGCGUUGCGUUGUGGUCGGAGGUCACGGUUUCUCUUGCCGGCGCAGGACUUCCAGUUUCGAAAGCUGCAGAGCUUGCAGACACUCCUGGUGGACGACAGAGUUCUCGCGUUAGACCUUCAAAAGGGUCUAGUGCACCUCAACCAGAACUCUCUUCGGCAAGUGACCUGCUACCCCGAACUACUGCCGGCGCUGGCUGAAUGCCCUCGCCUGAGGGAGGUGACUGUAACGGCCUCCUCAAGUCUGCGGGACUUGCACAAACUGACAACCCUGGAGGCCCUGGCGUUGCGCUGGACGGAUCCCUGCCAAGCAGAGCACAUCCGGGAUUACUUCGACGGCGUGGAUGCAGUCGAAGGGUUCAAGUUGCCGAGCGAAAUGCACCUUAUCGUAGCAGACUGGUAUAUUUCUCCAGCCGUGCUGACUGGCAUUGGCAAAGGCUUAUCCAAAUUCACCACUCUUACGUAUGUGAGAGGCCUUGGACCGGCUGGAAACUUGGACUUCAUCUCCCCCAUGGAUUCAUUGAUAAAUUUUCGAGUGAGAGCGUACUCAAUCAACAAUUCAUGGGCAGACCUUCGAAGCAGCAGCCUGCGCAAGAUCGAACUAUUGGACCCUGGACACAAGACUGAGGCGUGGCAGCGAUGGUUGAUGGCCAAGUUGCCCGCAAUGGAGAUCACCAUAAGGAAGUCAAGACCUGCGUUUCUCAGAGGAUUUGGUUACAACGAGCUGUGAAAUAAUGUUUUCAUUUUUACUUCUUACUUGCGAACUAGUGAUUUGCGGUUGUCUCAGGCAGCGUUCAAGUUAAGAAAAUAUAUGUAAUUUUUGUUUGAAUCCUGUUUAGUUUCCUCUGAAGAGAUAUUUCUUUAUUUUUAUAGACGCUGUUAUCGUAUAUUUUAAGAUUAUUCGUACAUAUUUUUAUAGCUACUCUGUACUUCAUUUCAGGUUCGGCAUUUUACUUUAAGAAAUGUUUUAUGUUAUUCAAAGUGCAAGGCCUUGCUUUGGCGUUAGCCGCACUUGUUGCCUUCGGUACUACUUGAGAUGUUCUCGUGUAUCUGCAUAACUUAAUAUUCCAUUCGCUGAAGAAAGUGCUGUAUUUCCAAAUAAAUGUUCCUGGUUCGGGAGAAAGUAAA